AGGCGAGGUCUGGGUGAAGGAGAGCGAAAGGGCAGAGCCAUCGUAGCUUCUCCGGCCGCAAUGGCUCUGCCUCUGAGGUCCUUGAGCCGAGGCCUGGCCAGCGCAGCCAAGGGUGACCAUGGCGGGGCUGGAGCCAAUACCUGGCGCUUCCUGACCUUCCUGCUGGCACUGCCCAGUGUGGCCCUGUGUUCCCUCAACUGCUGGCUGCACGGGGGCCACCACGGGCGCCCCGAGUUCAUCCCCUACCACCACCUGCGCAUCCGCACCAAGCGCUACGCCUGGGGAGACGGCAACCACACGCUCUUCCACAACCCCCGUGUCAACCCCUUGCCCACCGGCUACGAGUAUCCCUGAGAUCCCGCCGCCAGUCUCCAGCCCAAUAAAGAGGUGGACGCUU